CCUAUACAUGUACACAUAUGGUUUACGAAACAAAAAUCCACAUAACAUGUUGCUCCUGCAACCGUAAGAGACAUCAUUUUAAAAGUUCUCAACACAAAUGACAUAAAGGUUACUUGAUUGUAUAUAAGAAAACACGCAUAUACCGCAGAAAAAUUAGGAUAGUUGCUUUAACUGUGACAUGAAAACAAAGCAUUGUUCUUCUGCGACCACCCACACACCAAGGGGUGGCUGCGAGAGUGAGUUGUAGCUGAGGUGGGAGGUGGAGGAGGACGCCAUUGCAGCCGCAGCUGGCCGUUUGAGAUUUCUCUGAGGAGGGACAAAUGAUACAAAGUAGUACAAGCCGACCGGCGUUGAGGAGGAUUUUUUAGCCUCUUCUCACUCCCCUAGGCGUGUACUGUCCAAACAGUCAAGGAAGAUGGGCGUUUUGUCUUUGCAGAGGGGGGGAAUGUGGAGCCACAGCGCCGAGCCAAAGCAGUCUCCUACCAUUGCUUCACCUGUCCGGUGGCCCAGUCUCUCACCAUGAACACCAGCAGGAACUGCACCUCUGUGGGGAAUGGCGAGGGUCUGGCUGCCCUGGAGUCGGUCUCCAUUGUGACCAUCACACUCCUCGCCUGUCUGGGGAACCUGUUGAUCGUGGCGACCCUUUAUCGCCGACCAUAUCUGCUCACACCCAGCAACAAGUUUGUGUUCAGCCUGACCUUAUCCAAUCUGCUGCUGUCGGUCCUGGUGCUGCCAUUUGUAGCUGUGAGCUCAGCAAAGAGAGAAUGGGUGUUUGGGGUGGUGUGGUGCAAUUUUACUGCUCUACUCUACUUGCUCAUCAGCUCAGCCAGCAUGCUCACCCUUGGAGCUAUUGCUAUUGACAGGUACUAUGCUGUCCUCUACCCGAUGAUCUAUCCCAUGAAGAUCACAGGAAACCGGGCAGUGGUUGCCAUUGCCUAUGUGUGGUUGCACUCGCUGGUGGGUUGUCUACCUCCCCUGUUCGGCUGGUCCUCCUUUGAGUUUGACUGCUUCAAGUGGACAUGUGUUGCAUCAUGGCACAGAGAACCAAGCUACACAGCCUUCUGGGUCACCUGGUGCAUCCUUCCUCCCUUCCUCAUCAUGCUGGCUUGUUAUGGUGUCAUUUUCCGUGUUGCCCGUAUGAAAGCUCGCAAGGUGCACUGUGGGACAGUUAUUGUGGCCCAGGAUGACUCCACAGCGGCUCAGAGGAACGGACGCAAGAACUCAAGCACCUCAACUUCCUCUAAUGGAAGCCGGCGGAGCCUCAUAUAUGCAGGAAGUCAGUGCAAGGCCUUCGUCACCAUCUUAGUGGUGGUAGGCACCUUCCUCAUGACUUGGGGCCCGUAUGUCGGCGUGGUGUGCACUGAGGCUUUGUGGGGACAGGGCAGUGUAUCUCAGGGGGUGGAGACGCUAGUGGCCUGGCUGUCUUUCUGCAGCGCAGUGUGCCAUCCACUUAUCUACGGCCUGUGGAAUAAAACUGUGAGGAAGGAGCUGCUGGGCAUGUGUUUUGGAGAUCGCUACUACAGAGAGUCAUUCGCCACACGGCAACGAACAUCCCGCCUCUUCAGCAUCUCAAAUAGAAUCACAGACUUGGGUAUGUCCCCACACCUCACUGCCAUGCUGGCUGGUGGAGGACACCUGUUGGCCCCUGGGAGCAGCACAGGAGAUACAGGCUUCAGUUUCACUCAGGACUCAAGCACAGAUGUGAUGCUGCUGGAUAACUCCACUACUGACGGCUCCUCUGUCCUGCUGCACCACGGGAAUCCAUCCGGUAAGAGGAGGAGCUCGGUCACCUUUGAAGACCAGGUGGAGCAAUCCAAAGCUGAAAACACAUCUUCAGUCCAGGUCCAUGCAGAGGUCCACAAGUCUCUUGACAUGUUUGCCUCCUGCUUGGCAAAGACCAUAGAAAGCGACGCUAAGCUCACUUUGUUUGGGGAGAAUCUGGAUCUGCAGGGGGGCCUUUUCACAACGAGGGUGGCACAGAGACCCAGAUACCUGGAUGGUCAGAGACUGAGGCUGGAGAGUAUCGAUGAAGGGAUUGUCAAAGACGACAGGGAUGAGGAAGAGCAGGAUGUGGAGGAGAAACCCAUCUAAGCACAGCAGGUCCAGUCUUAGUCUUUAAAACACUAAGUGGUAUGUAGUCUCUCAGAGUUCUCUGGUACAGCUGAUGAAGUCUUGACUCUAUGUGUGGUUACUCCAUCCAUACUUGAAGCAAAAAGAGGCACAUUAUUCAUUCCACUUUGGACCAAGUGCACUUAUUCAGUUACUUGGCAAACCUUUGUACGAUUCAUGUAAUCAAAUAGGAAGCCUUAAUAUGUUUUCUAUUCUUUUUUCAUUGUUUUCUCAAAACAAACAUGCAACUUUCUCCUAUUAUGUCUCCUUUAAAAGAUGCUUCUUCAUUACAUUAAAAAAAUAGUUUCCACUGCAGAUUAGCGCCACGUGUAAAGAGGCAGCUUGUCAUGACACUGCACUCCACUUACGGUACAGAUGUUUUCACUUACUGUCUAAUUAGAUGUCUUGUGGACCGUGUGGGUGUGUGUCAUUUCCUGAUUGUUAGCUUGUUUGCACCAGUCUUAUAAACACAAGUGUCUUUACACCUUUGCUGGUGCAGUGACCUCAAAUAAUUAUAGCAUCUUUAAUCUGGUGUCAAGUUAAUGUCAAACAGGAGGGAUUUGAAAGACUGACAGUUUUGUGAACAUUCAAGAUGGUCAAGUGAGUUAAAAAGACUUUCCACUGCCAGGAAGAGGUCAAACAGUAUCUGGUGCAUCUGGGUGUAAUUAUCUCCUCUGCACUUUGUUUGCAUUUAUGACUUUGAUGUUGGCACUAAAUGCCACAACUGCAGUGUGAGAUUAGCUCACGCGUCAGGAGAGGUGUCACUCUAUAGAAUAAGUGAAACAGUGGAGCAUUACAAGAAGCAGAAAACAGUUCAAAUCCUUUAAAUUUUAUAACACGGCGUGUAGAUCAAAACCUGUUCUCUUCUGGUAGACAACCCGUAACAUGCAGGACUUAAAUAAUCAGGUUAAUCUUGGCUGAAUUCUAUUCAGCUGAUCUAAUUUUGGUUUGUUUGUCAUGACCUACUUGGACAUUUAAAUAUACACCAUUGUCCCUGCAAAUGUUGCUGGUAACAUACCGUUUGUGACGUGUCUGCUGAAGGUUUACCGAUAUGAGGUGAGUGGUUCAUCGUGCAGACUGAAAACACAACGUAUGCAGUAUGAAGGUAUUUGCUGCUGAUAUUUCACAAUUUCCUAUUACUGUGGACAUUGUAAUUGCACUCAAACAUUCAAGGAGUACCCUCAUAGUACAUUAGAGAAGGAUACUGUUGCAGUUUAUUAGCAGUAAAGGCCCAAGGAGGUACCAAGAAAAAUGAUUCAGGAGUCCAGAAUCUCAUUUAAAAAGACUGAAUGUUACAGCAACCACGUCAGAAAUUAAUCAGAUUUUAUUAGUUUAAAGUCAAUUAAUACCAACAGCAAAUGUUCAUAGGUACAAAACUCCUUUUACUUUUAUAAAAGUUUUUCUUAAAGUAUAUUUAUUCAUAGAGCCCAGUUCAGGGUGCUUCAGUUUUACCUCGUAUGUUUUCUUAUUAUGUAUUAACAGGUACUACUUUUGUAAGAAAAAGCUAUACACCUGAGGUGUGAUGUAACCUUUUGAUUUUCAUUCUAUCGUAAGUCUUGAUACACAUUUGCAUUAAAGUUUAUAUUAAAGAGA